UCGAGCAAGUCAUUUCACCAGCACCAAGUGCUUCUGGAGAGGAUUCAGUCCCAAAGAUGGUGAUUGGAAUCCCAGGGGAAUCUGUAAUUCUCCCACUGGCAAUUCCCAAAGAAAAGCAGGUCACACAUAUUGUUUGGAGUUCCCAGAGGUCUCUUGCCAUCUUAGAGACAAGAGAAGAAGGAAAAUCACCCAAAAUAACAAUAAUAAAUCCUCAUUAUAUGGGGCGAGUGGACUUCCUCAACCAAAGCUAUAGUUAUGCUCCACAGAUCAAUGGCCUGACAAUGGAGGAUGCCGGCUCCUACACAGCAGAAAUAACUAUAGCAAACAUCGUUGAACCCAUUAAGAAGUUCUUCACCCUCCUUAUCCAUGAGAGAUUGACAGAGCCAAAAAUCACAUUGGGUCCUAGGACCAAUGAUAAUGGUACCUGUCUUGUCAAUGUGACAUGUUCUGUGGAACAAGUAAGAGAGAAUGUAACAUACAACUGGACACCUGUGAGACAGGGCGCUAAUUCAUCUAGUGGAGGAUCCAUUCUCACCAUCAGUUGGAAACCUGGUGACCAUGACCUGUACACCUGUACUGCCAGGAACCCUGUCAGCAACAGUUCCCAUACGAUUCUUGCCAGUGAGCUCUGUGCAGGCAUUGAACAUAACGUACGCUACACCAGAGUCUUCCUGUACUUCAUGGUGACCAUUGUCCUGGUUAUUCUCUUUAUGUUGGGACCGUCUUUCUGGUACAUUCAGAGAAAAAAAGAAAAAGAGGCUGAUGCACGAGACCAGGAGCAUACCACUUAUGACUCAAUUCCUAAUCUAAGCCCUGCUGCUACAGAACAUACAAUAUAUGCCACAGCUUCCUAUCCUAAAAAAAACAUUCAAAAAAAUUUGGAAUCACCAAACACAAUUUAUGAUAUUUUGAAGUAUAAUCCAAAGAUGGGUAAAUCCGACACACUUGAAAAGAACCCAGCAUCUUCAGGAACAUUAGGCUUUGGUAAUAUCUAAAUAGCAAAACAGCUCUCCUAAACCUCCCUCUGAAAGUUAUUAAGCAUCCUUAUCAGCUGUUAAUUCAGGAUUUGGGACUCAUUAGGAAAGCAUCACCACUUAUAGGCAUGAUAUGUUUAAAAGAAGAAAGUUUGUGGCAAAUUAGCAAGCAAUCAUGUAGCUCUUUAGCUAUUUUAAGCAUCCUGUAUUCACUACUGACAAGGACAAUGUAAAAUAAUUUUCCAACCAAAGACAACUUAGAAGGCCAGCAGGAAAAGUCUGACACACCUGGAUAAGAGCGGAGCACAGUCCAGCACAGGCCACACCACCAGACCAGGCCCCAGCAAACCAGGAGCAGGCCUUAACAAGACUUAGACUCUCUAGUCUCUUCAGAUCUCAAAAGUCUCUUCAAGUCUCUGCAGUUAAUUUGGGCUUCUUCAGUUUCUUUGAGUUUCAGCUUUGAGAGAGAACAUGGACAGUGUCAACACCAUUUAAAAUUGCUAGAGAAUAAAACUCUGGGAAGGAUACAACAUGAGAGGAGCUGGCAGUCUGUAUCAUGUCUGUAUCUCCAACUUGAUGCACUAAAAACUUUGGGAAAUUUCCCCUUUGGGUGAGAUCAGGGACUCUGUCUCUUAGUUAAGCAGAGUUAUCUCAUUCCCAAUGGGAGAGUUCCUUCAUGUUGUAAUGUCUGGUAAAUAUUUUCCUAUAUGUGUAUGUAUGUAUGUAUGUAUAUAUAUAUGUAUAUGUACUUAUCUAUUGUGAAAAAAUAAUGGGUUUUGCCAAUGCCCAAAGGCCCCAGCUUGAGGGGAUUGACAUGGAUUGAUUGUAUUGAUAGGAUUGACUGACUCUGCUGAUAGAUUUACUUGAAGUUGACUUGAUUGAAACCACACCUGCCUGGCUCUCAAUAGAGUGUGUUCUCAGAGGCUGUGGACUCUGACCUCAACAUGGGACCACCUUCAAGUCCAGUGAACCAAUAGAUUUGUGUGAUGCUAGCCAAUUAGUUUGAAGUGGUGUGUAUGGAAUGCCUCUCCUCCAGACUCAGAGGAAGCUGCGACUAGCUGUUCAUCUCUCAAACAGCUGGUAGAGGAGGACUUGAGGAAGAACCAAGAGGGGCUGGAACUCUAGGCUAGAUAGGCCUUUUCUUAACUUUCUGACCCAGGUGUUCUCUUUUUGCUAAUACCUUGUAUGCUUUAAUAAAUGCUUAAUGCCCCAAACUGGGGCUAAACCUUCUAAUUUAUAAGUGUAAGGAAUUAAUUGUAGAAAAGAACAUUUAUUGAGUCAAAGUAUCAAACUUAGUAUCUAAUCCUCCCCUAGUAGUUCCUCUUUGCCCACAUGGGGCUGGCCAAAUAAUAAUGGAGACAGCCCAGGGGGUAUGUUGAACCAAUUAGAGACUCAGCAUGGCUAAGAACCUCCCCUUCCUGUGGAAGAGGCAAAAAGGGGAAGAGAGAGGAGCUGUGUUGUAGUUGAUCUUCGGACCAGAGCGGGGAGAGACUGCACAGCUGACUCUCAUUGAAACUACAGACUCAAGGUGGUGGUGAGUUUGUGUUGUGGAAGUGAGGCCCACUCUUUGAGCUGGCUGAGCUGGAAGCAAGUUUGGGGUUUGAGUUGGUCUUUGCUAGAGCCAGGGAGCUUAUUCAUUUUCUCUUCCCCUAUUCCCUUUCUUGUUGUCCCUGGCUUUAUUAACUUUA